AAGAACUGACCUUCGAACUCAAGUUGAAUCGUGCGACCGGGAAACAACAAAACAAAAUGGAGACUCUGUACAAUUUUCUUCAUAUUUUAUACGAUUGUCAAUGGUUCCCGUUGAUUUCUGCUUUUCUGACUAUUUAUUUAACUUAUUAUUUCUUCUUCGUGGUCAAGAAACCUCGAAUCAUUGGCAAAGAUGGCCCGUUUCGUCGUUUUUUGGUCGAGAAGUGCGGAGUACUGUCAGAAUAUUAUUAYCCUACGAUCUGGUGUUUCGGUCCUCAUGCACAGACUGUUAUCAGAGCUUUGUUGAGACUCCGUCCUCACGUGCCUUUUAGAAGGGAAACCCUCGACACUCCCGAUGGAGGUAUCAUGUGCCUGGAUUGGUUUGAUCAUCACGACAGUCACCACAAUGAUCCAAUAAAAAGACCAACAGUUCUYAUUCUGCCAGGACUUACUGGUGGCAGUGAAACAAGCUACUGUCGUCAUUUAGUUCUUCAAGGAGAAAAACUUGGUUACAGGACAAUCAUUGCAAAUCAUAGAGGGUUUGGUGCAUCACAAUUGAAGACUCCCAGAACUUUCUGUGCUGCAAACACAGAGGAUCUCAAAUUUGUCAUUGACCACAUACACAAGAAUUAUCCAGGUUGUCCAGUCAUAGGUGUUGGUAUAUCAAUGGGAGGUAUGAUAAUGAUGAAUUACCUGAAUGAGAUGAGUGAAAAGGAAACAGGCCUCAUUUCUUGCCUAGUGGUAUCAACACCAUGGAACUGUGCUGAAUCCACUSUAUCUCUAGAGCAACCUUUGAACUUCUUGCUGUUCAAUAGACGCUUGACAGGGAACCUGGUUAGGAUGGUAAAAGGGAAUCUUGAUGUUUUCAAGACUCAUCUUGGGAAAGCACCAUACGAUAUUCAUCAUGUUUUACAGGCAAAGACUGUCCGUGAAUUUGAUGAUCGCUUCACCUCACCAACAUUUGGUUACAAAAGCUAUGAAGAUUACUACAAUGCUGCCUCACUGCACACCAAACCACUACACAGGAUCCGAGUUCCUGUCCUCUGUUUGACUGCAGCCGAUGAUCCAUUCUCACCAGAACAUGCUAUUCCUAUCGAUACAAUAGAAGAAAACCCUCUCAUUUCCAUGGUUAUGACGUCACAUGGUGGYCACAUUGGUUUUCUGCAGGGAUUCAGCAUUCAUGAUGACAACUAUCUUGACCGCGUGUUUGUUGACUUUGCACGAGGAAUUUUUGAGUUGGAACAACAGGGAAAACUAAAGCAACUGGUCCAGGACACUUUAAACCAUAAUGUUGAUAAAACUAGGUGAUUUUGGGCUCCAUAUGUUUUUUGAGGUAGAAGUCCUUACUAAGGAUUACAGUUUUUGSCAUGAAUUUAAUUUUGCAGAUCUUGAUGUUGAAGAGGGAGGGGGAGAUAGUGUGCAUACCAAAUAUACCUGAAAAAGUUAACUAACAAAAUUGUAUAAAUUAGUUCAAAGCUUUGUAGGUUUACUGUCU